AUGGCUUUACCAGACAUAGAAGAAGAACCCUUAAAAGGGCUUUCCUCCAGAUACAACAUUGCCGGCCUCGUCAUUAUACUAGUUGCAAUUUCUCAAGGUUUUUUAGGGCUAUCAGAUUUAUCAAUGAGUUAUCUAUAUAAAGACGAUUUCAAAAUGAGCCCUUCAGAAGUUGCUUUUGCCACCUCACUUGCGUCUAUUCCUUGAAUUAUCAAACCACUAUGGGGCUUUAUUUCUGACUGUUUCCCUAUUUUCGGAAGAAGACGAUCCCCUUAUCUUGCAGUUUUUGGGAUAAUUGGCAUGUGCUCUUGGGUUGUAAUGUCAUCAGUUGUAAAUUCGUCGAUUUCUGCAAUUGUGACAAUGCUUAUUAUACAAAUUUGCACAGCUUUUUGCAAUGUAAUUGGGGAAGCUCUUGUAGUGGAAGAAAGCCAAAAACAUGGGGACAGCGCUGAGGACGCUUCAAAAUAUGUAACAUUGUUUUUUGGAACUAGGGCAUUUGGGAUGCUGGUGACUGCAUAUUCUGGUGGGAUUUUAUUGGAAUAUAUUGAUAAAAGGACUGUGUUUUUGAUUACUGCCUGCUUUCCAUUGCUGCUGUGUGUAGCAGCUUUAUUAAUGAAUGAACGCAGAGUGACUGAAAAUCCAACUGUUCAUACCCAAGUUAAAGAAAUUUGGCAAUUUGUAAAAAUGCCGAGGGUGGCGUGACCAAUCACUUUUAUUUUCUUAUUUAUGUGUACUCCGUCCUCUGGGGAUGCGAUGUUUUUCUAUAUUUUUUUUGAAUUAGCCUCAAAAUCUUUUACUUUUCCUGAAAAUCAAAUUUUCUUUAUUUUAAUAACAAAAAUCCAAUAAUUUUUUUUAAAAAAUCCUUCAUAUUAUAAUACUAUACUAACGACUUAGGAUUUGAGUAUGAAUUCAUGGGAAGAAUGAAAAUGGCUUGGGGCUUAGCAACUUUAAUAGGAAUGCUCGUAUAUAAUAAAUGGCUUAAAGGCAUCGGGUUCAAGCCAAUGUUUUUGUCGUCAUGCAUUAUAGGCUGUGUAAUGGGCUUAACACAAAUUUUAUUAGUCACGAGAUUUAAUGUCACUUUGGGGAUCCCUGACACAGUUUUUGCAUUAAGCAGCAACUUUUUGGUCCAAGCUCUUGGAGAGCUGAACGCAAUGCCGCUGCUAGUGCUCUGCUGCAGAAUUUGCCCGAAAAAUAUUGAAGGCUCUUUAUAUGCUUUACUGAUGUCUACGUGGAAUUUUGGGAAUUUAGUUUCAAGCCAGUUAGGAGCUCUGCUUAUGAUUGGGCUUGGAAUUACUGAAAGUAAUUUUAACCUGCUGUGGCUUAUGCUGCUGCUUACAAAUUGUAUUAUGCUUCUACCGCUGCCGCUGUUGAGGUUUAUCCCGGAUUAUGAAAAUGAAGAAAAAGAGGAAAGAAAUAGCGAUGGGUAUAACGAUGUUUAG